AUGAAACUAUUAUCUGAAGGACAGUUAAGGUUUUUUGUUGCCCAGACAAUACAUCUCACGUCAUGGCUGCUCGUAUUUUUAUUUCUGACAUCUAUCUCUUCUCUAAAACCUGCUCGACUUCCAGUUCAUCAAAGGAAACCUUUUCUAGCUGCUUGGAAUGCUCCGACAGAUCAGUGUUUCAUAAAAUAUAAUAUACGACUAAAUCUGAAAAUGUUUCAGAUGAUUGGAAGUCCACUGGCCAAGGCCACGGGGCAAAAUGUCACUAUAUUUUAUGUCAACAGACUGGGAUACUAUCCAUGGUAUACAUCACAGGGUGUUCCCAUUAAUGGGGGCCUCCCCCAGAAUACAAGUUUGCAAGCACAUCUAGAAAAGGCCAACCAAGAUAUUAAUUAUUAUAUCCCUGCUGAAGAUUUUAGUGGACUUGCUGUGAUAGACUGGGAAUAUUGGCGACCUCAGUGGGCCCGGAACUGGAACACAAGAGAUAUCUACAGACAGAAGUCAAGAAAGCUCAUUCUCAAUAUGCAAGAGAAUGUGUCAGCUACUGAUAUUGAAGGUUUAGCCAAAGCAACAUUUGAAGAAAGUGCAAAAGCUUUCAUGAAGGAAACCAUUGAAUUGGGAAUGAAGAGCAGACCCAAGGGCCUUUGGGGUUAUUAUUUAUAUCCUGAUUGCCACAAUUAUAAUGUUUAUGCCCCGAACUAUACUGGGUCAUGCCCAGAAAAGGAAGUUCUGAGGAACAAUGAGCUCUCUUGGCUCUGGAACAGCAGUGCGGCUUUAUAUCCUUCGAUUGGUAUCAGGAAAUCUGUUGGAGACAGUGAAAACAUUUUGCGCUUCUCGCAGUUUCGGGUGCAUGAAUCCAUGAGGAUCUCCACCAUGACAGCCCGUGAUUAUGCUCUGCCUGUGUUCGUCUACACAAGGCUAGGCUACACAGAGGAACCUUUACAUUUUCUUUCUAAGCAAGAUCUAAUCAGCACCAUUGGAGAAAGUGCUGCGUUGGGAGCUGCAGGCAUCGUUAUUUGGGGAGACAUGAAUUUAACUUCAUCUGAGGGCAACUGCACAAAGGUGAAGCAGUUUGUGGGUUCCGACUUAGGGAGCUACAUACUCAACGUGACCAGAGCUGCUGAGGUGUGUAGCCUUCACCUGUGCAGGAAUAACGGGAGGUGCCUAAGGAAGGUGUGGAAAGCUCCGGAUUACCUUCACCUGAACCCUGCAAAUUACCACAUCGAGGCCUCCAAGGACGGAGAAUUUAGUGUGAAAGGAAAAGCGUCUGAGACAGACCUCGCAGUGAUGGCAGAGAAAUUUUCCUGUCAUUGUUAUCAGGGAUACGAAGGGGCUGACUGCAGAGAAGUGAAGACCACUGAUGGCUGCUCUGGGGUUUCCUCUUUUUCUGGCUCACUGAUAACACUAUGUCUGCUGGUUUUAGCAGAUUAUUAG